ACCAGAUUUGGCACCUGAGCUUUAGUGAUGGACCCAGAAGCAGCCUCACUUUAUUUGGAUUAUUCCUAUGCUACAAGCCCAAACCCUGACCUCCAGGAGACCCGCUCCCACUUUCCUUACACCUCCGUCUUCCUUCCCGUCUUUUACACGGCUGUGUUCCUGAUGGGAGUGCUGGGGAACCUCGUGCUCAUGGGCGCGUUGCACUUCAAACAGGGUAGCCGAAGGCUCAUCGACAUCUUCAUCAUCAACCUCGCUGCCUCCGACUUUGUUUUCCUUGUCACGUUGCCCCUCUGGGUGGAUAAAGAAGCAUCUUUCGGCCUGUGGAGGACGGGCUCCUUCCUGUGCAAAGGCAGCUCCUACGUCAUCUCGGUCAACAUGCACUGCAGCGUGUUCCUGCUCACGUGCAUGAGCGUGGACCGCUACCUGGCCAUCGUGCACCCAGCCGCAUCUAGAAAGUUCAGAAGGAGGGACUGCGCACAGGGGGUCUGUGCCAGCAUCUGGUUUGUGUCCGGCCUCCUGGGCCUGCCCACCCUUCUGUCUAGGGAGCUCACGCUGAUUGAUGAUAAGCCAUACUGUGCAGAGAAAAAAGCAACUGCGGUGAAACUGAUGUGGGCCCUGGUGGCCUUAAUUUUCACCUUUUUUGUCCCCUUGCUGAGCAUUGUGACCUGCUACUGUUGCAUCACAAGGAAGCUAUGCACCCACUAUCAGCAGUCAGGAAAGCAUAACAAAAAGCUGAAGAAAUCCAUAAAGAUCAUCUUCAUCGUCGUGGCAGCAUUUGUCAUCUCCUGGCUGCCUUUUAAUAUUUUCAAGCUCCUGGCCAUUGUCUCGGGGUUGCAGCAAGAACUCUACUUUUCCUCACCUGUUCUUCAGCUGGGCAUGGAGGUGAGUGGACCCUUGGCAUUUGCCAACAGCUGUGUCAACCCUCUCAUUUACUAUGUCUUUGACGGCUACAUCCGCCGGGCCAUAGUGCACUGCCUGUGUCCCUGCCUGAAGAACUAUGACUUUGGGAGCAGCAUUGAGACAUCAGAUAGUCACCUCACUAAGGCUCUCUCCAACUUCAUUCAUGCAGAGGAUUCUACCAGGAGAAGGAAGAGGUCCGUGUCACUCUGAGAGGAACUGUGACAUUUCAGGCUU